GCUAUCUCAUCGAUUCCAUUCCAUUUCUCCCAAGAUUUUUCUUUACACCUCUCCACAAAAUCGGGCUCCCCACCCCACCUUUCGUCCCAUACGAAGUAGAUUCAUCCAUCCCUUACUAUCAACCUUCAUUUCAUCACUUCGUCCUUUCCUCACUUUUUACCCCUAUUCGAACAUAGAAUUGUCUUCACACACACAACAGAUCUAAAACAUGGCAACAUCAGCAUCACCUUUAGAAGUGACAAUUACUCAGAUUACAAAGGAGGAAGACUUCCUCCCCCUCGCCGCCAUCGAAGAAGCAGCCUUCACCGGGCCCCAAACAACGCUCUUCUACGGUGCGUCCGCGUCCCAUGACCCAUCCAUCGCAGCAGCUCGCCAUACCCGCAUCUUCAAAACCGACCCUACCGCUCUCUAUUGCAAAGCCUGUCUACCCUCUGGGCAAACCAUCGGGCUAGCAAAAUGGAAUCUCUUCAAAACAGCAGGUCCCCAUUUCCCCUGGCCUACCUCCGGUUUCGCGGGGGAUGCGAAUGUGGAACUUUUGAAUUGGUUUUUUGGGUGCUUGGAUGAGAAGAGGAAUGCGUUUAUGGUUCCGAGGGGAAAGGGGUAUCUUUAUAUGGCGCUCCUGGCGGUUGAUCCGAAGUGUCAGAGGAUGGGUGUUGGCAGGAAAUUGUUGGAGUGGGGACUAGAGAAGGCGGAUAGGGAGGGGCUGGAGUGUUGGAUUGAGGCGAGUCCGGCGGGGAAACCGCUGUAUGAGAAGGUGGGGUGGAGGGAGGUAGGGUUUACGGACGUGGAGUUGAGGCGGUGGGGGUGGACGGGGGAGGAGAAGGUUAGCAGGACGGUUAGUAUGUUCAGGGGGGUUGGGGGGAAGAGUGAGGUGUGAGAGGUGAGUUAAGGCGCUCUUUUGUGGGUUGGUGCUGGUUGGGUGUUUUGACGGGAUGAGUCCUUGAGGUGAUAAGAUUGUGAGGGGAAGAGGGCGGUAAAAGAGUGGAUCUUGGAUCUUUUAGAGUUAUCUUGGACUUUCGGUGUCUAAAUACGCUUUGGUGUGAAGAACAAGAAUAUAAACCAUGGUAGAUAAGGUUAUAAAACGUUCGACUUCUGAUACGAUAAUAGACAAUAUACCAUUUAAAUAAUUGGUAAAGAAAAGAGAUUACAGAUCAAUCAUAAGUUC